AAUAAAACAAGUGCUGUUUCUGACGGUACAAAGUGUUCAUGAUAUUUCUGUGAAGAUGGACAACUUGAGUGAAUCAUCCAGACCACCAGAGGAAGAUCAGAAACAUUCAGGAGUCGUCCAUCUCAGAAGAAAGAGCCAACGUGAACCUCCAAACAUGUCCGUGAAAAGAAUCGUGUUACUGGGAUCACACAGAGAUGUCAAAGCCUCCUGUGGGAAUAUAAUCCUGGGACGUAAGGUGUUCUCAGAGAUACCGUCCUCGCUGCAGUUGUUUGAGAGUCAUGAAGGUUUGAUUUUGAAGAGAAAUCUGAUGGUCAUCAACACUCCUGACCUGCUCAAUUCUGCUCUCUCUCAUAAAGAGCAAGAAAUGAGGACAUUUUUCCACUUGGCUUGUCCUGGACCUCAUGCCCUUCUGUUAGUCCUUAAGCCUGGCACACUUACCGAGCAGGAGAGAGAUGCCCUCAAGAUCAUUAACAGUAUAUUUGGUGCAGGAGCAUCGGAGUAUGUGAUUGUCGUCUUCAUACAUAAUGAUCAGACAGAGUAUGUGACAUUAAAGACUCUGAUGCUGAUAGAAAAGACGUGGAGUCUCUGCUACAGACCUGCAAACGAGCCCACCAUGAUCUGAAAAGGAAAGGAGACCAAUCACAGGUGCAGAAACUUCUAGAGAACAUUGAGAAGAUGCUGUAGGACAUUGCAUGAGCUUUCCUGAAGAAUCAAGUCCUGAUGGGGGAAAAGACCCAUUUGACCAAAAAACAAACAAGCUGUUUCAGGGUGCAUGUUCCAGAUUUCGUAGACGGCCGUGUAGCAUGAAUCCACAACACCCUGUUACAUCAAGGUUUUGGACAAAACCAGAAAAACCCAGACUGCUUGUGCGAUCCAAUUUCACAGCAAGCACUAAUAAGGACUUGGGGUGUGUGAGGAUCGUGUUGAUUGGAAAAACUGGAGUGGGAAAGAGCGCAACAGGAAACACCAUCCUGGGACGGGACGUGUUUGAGUCUCGGGCCAGAAUGACCUCUGUGACAAGGAAAUGCCAAAGAGAGAGUGGAGUGGUCUGUGGACGACCCGUGACUGUGGUGGACACACCAGGACUCUUCGACACAAACCUCACCAAUGAAGAAAUCCAGCAGGAGAUCAUGAGAUGCGUUGAGCUCUCCGCUCCUGGACCGCAUGUGUUUCUGCUGGUGAUCUCUGUCGGCCCGUUCACAAAAGAAGAGAGAGAAACCCUUGAACUCAUCAAGAUGACCUUUGGACAGAAAGCCCAGACAUACACUAUAGUGGCAUUCACACGAGGAGACAACCUAGCAGAUGAAAGUAUCAAGGACUAUAUUCAGGAUGGUAAUUCACAUGUCCAAAAACUGAUCCAUGACUGUGGAGGAAGAUAUCACGUGUUUAACAAUAAAGAGAAGAAAACUGCUCAGGUCAUAAGUCUAUUAAAGAAGAUUGAUUUGAUGAUGUGGAAUAAUGAUGCCUCUUUCUAUGAUGACGAAAUGUUCCGGGAGGCAGAGAGAGCUAUCAAACUAGCUCAGCUAAACAAGGAGAAAGAGGAGGACUUCAGACGAGAGAUUGAGACCCUUAAAGCCAAAUAUGAGGGAGAAAUUAAAGAGUAUAAAGCAAAACUAGAGGAGGAAAAAGUAAAACUGAAAAUUAGGGAUCUUCUGCUCAUGGAGACAGAAAAACAUCAAAUAAUGGUGGGCGGAGCCACAGCAGAUACUGAACAAACACAAGCACAAAAUAAAUCCCAGGAAAACCCUUUUUCAGGAAAGCCAGAUCAAGGUAGAAAGAUAAUAGAAACAGUACAAGGAGCAACAGAAAAAGAAGCUCAUCCAGAAAAUAAGAAGCACGUUAAAAAAAGGGGUUUUGGAAAAUGGAGAAAAAGUAAAUCGAAGGGAAAAAAUGAGACGAUUAAAGAAUGCAACGAAGAAGAAACGGUCACAGAUCAACAGAUCAGCAAAGACACUGACACUCUCAACCAAGAAAAACCCCUGAUGAAACCAGGAGACCGGACUGACACAAAGACAGAUGAUGAAAAUAUACAUUUGCCAAGAAACACUGAAGACGAAAGGGACGCAAAGGAAGAAAAUCUUUUGCUACAGCAAAUAGAUGAAUGCAGGCAGAAGCUGGAGGAAGCCAUGAGAAAUUACAGAGAGAUCUCAAAAAUGAAUGUGGCACAACUCAAGAAAAUUCAAGAAAGAAAUGCUAAUAAUAUUGGCCACUGGGAGAAGAAACAUGGGAAGUCCUGUGUGCUUCAAUAAGUCACACCUGCCCAGAUCUCCAUUUACUGAAUGCUAAGCUUAUGAUGUCUUAAUGGAAAAUGUUUGAUAUUAUUGUUCUUUAUUUAUCAAUUUUACAAGCUUUGACUUUAUUUGACAGGAGAGAAGAGGGAGGGAGGUCUGGGACUCAUUUCUCAAAAGCAUCGUAAGCCCAAGCUCAUUCAUCUUAGUUUUGCGACCCGUUUUACAAAGCCAUCGUAACUUAAGAAGAACUUGACAAUGCUCAUAGAUUUACGAGUGCUAUGGAGUAAUCGUACAUGCAGACACCUGCAGGACAAUCACCAAAUUAUAUGCAAUACCAUUUAAAAAUGGGUGACAGUGACUUAAUGAUGGAGGAUGUUGAAGAGUGCUCCAUUUGAGUGUUUCUUGAUUUAACAGCAGCGUUUGAUACAGUUGCUCAUUCAGUUUUAAUUGAUACAGUAAAGAGAUGGGUGGGAAUAUCUGGGGUGGCUUUAGAGUGGUUUGUUUCCUACUUGUUGAAUAGGACAUUUCUAGUGUCUGUUGAAGAUGAGAUGUCCUCCUCUUCCAAAAAAUAAUUGUGGUGUUCCGCAAGGAUCACUGUUAGGGCCAGUUCUGUUUUCACUAUACAUGUUACCUUUUGGUUCAGUGAUUAGAAAAUACAUUUUUAUUGCUAUGCAGAUGACCUACAGUUGAAUCCCAAUGACCUGUCUAGUUAAAAUGUUCUUCAAGAGUGUAUAGCAGAUAUAAAAUAAAUGGAUGCCAUGUCAUUUUCUGCAUGUAAAUUCUGAUAAAACGGAGGUUCUUAUAAUCAGUCACAAAAUUUGGGUGUCCAUUUUAUUAUUGUAUAUUGUUAAUUCAGUCUUAUUUUUUUAUCAGUUAAGGAUCAUUUCCAAGGUGAGAGAGUUUUUGGGAUAUAGAGAAGCUUAUAGAUGCUUUUGAAUCCACACACUUUAGCGCAGCUUCUAUCAGUGCAAAAUGCUGCAGCUAGACUUUUGACACGAAUUAGGUCUUUUAAUCAUAUUACUCUAAUUUUAGAUUCCUUGCAUUGGCUAGCAAUUCAUUUUAGGGUUGAUAAGACUUUAUUUAAUAAUAGAGCCAAUAUUGGAAGGGGGUGGUGGUGGCAUAGUGGGCUAAAGCACAGAACUGGUAUGCAAAGGUUGCCGGUUCGAUCCCUCACCCACCACCAUUGUGUCCUUGAGCAAAGCACUUAACUCCAGGCUGCUCCAGGGGGAUUGUACUUGUGAUAAGUGCACUGUAAGUCUUAAUGACCACAGAGCCACAGCCUCAGAUUAACGUCUUAAGGACCUUGUUACAGUAUAGUGUCCCCGUCACUAUACUGGGGCAUUAGGACACACACAGACCACAGGGUGAGCACCUCCAGCUAGCAUCCCUAAUACCUCUUCCAGCAGCAACCACAGUUUUCCCCAGGAGGUCUCCCAUCCAGGUACUGACCAGGCUCAAACCCUGCUGAGCUUUAGUGGGCAACCAGACCAGAGCUCCAGGAUGAAUGAUCAAGAAUGUUCUUCUUAAAAUGACAGUACUCUGCGCUAAGGGAUGGCUGAAAUACCAAUUGCAGUGUUGCCAGAUCUCACAGGUGAAACAAGCAACCUGGUCUGGAAAAACAAGCCCAAAAUAAGCCAUUGGCUCACCAAAAUAAGGACAAAAUUUCAAAUAAGCUCUUAAUUAAUUUCCGAUGUGGUGGAUUGAUCUGCAUAGAAAUCAUAAGCAUAGUUAAUUAACAUUUAAGUAUAAUUUUAAUUACAGAUCUGCUUCUGAGAUCAAAUCUAUUUUAUUGCAUCAUAUCUGACAAUAACUUUUUACAUCUUAUAAUGUUUAGUUACCUUGUAUCUGAAUUAGCCGUACAUGUAUAUGUGGUAUUUAUAUAUAGUUGUUAAAAAAGGUAUUUAUUCACAAAAUACAACAUCCACAAAGGACAGUUUGAUGUGUGAUGCAGCAGUUUCCUUCAGGAUCCUUCAUGUGAUUAAACCCUUUGGCCUUUAGUUUAAUGAAAUAAUAAUCGGAACGAAAUGGACCCGUUAUAACCAGUUACCAGCAUUUAAAAAUAAAGUUUUCACUCCGGAACAACUGAAAAUCACUUUGUUUCCGGUUUUCGGUAACGUUCUGCUAAAAAUGUUGUUCAUUGUCAGUUUUCGUUUCUUGAACCAUUUUUAGUCCCUGACACCAAAGCUUUUAUUAACCGGACAGUCCUCAAUGGUGAGGGUGAAGUUUUGGAUAGAGUUGACUUUGGUCCCAGUAAAAAUUUCACUUGUAUUACUAGAAAGUUAUUAGUCAUACAGGUUUUGAUGCAUCCCAAUAAUAUGAAUUUGUUAUAUAUGAAAAAGCUACUUCAUCACCCUUCCCAGUUUGCUUUACA